GGUGGCAGGCACGGGGUGGGUGCAUCACUCAGGGGUAGAGGCGCGGUGGUCCUGACGUGCCUCGUGUUGCAAACAAACUACGCGUGUGUCCUGUUGUCAAGCACUUCGCACAACAAGAGAGAGCGCAGCGCUACUGCUGUUGUAGCACACAGACUGGGAAUUCAUCCGCUUGGCCGCGUCUGUGUCAACUGAUGCUACUCGCUCGGGGCCUUGCCGCCUCGCUGUCGUGGACUUCGGCAUCAGCUCUGUGCUACCGCAUUCCAGUGGCAACAGCAGCCCCGCACCGUUACGCAAAGCUCGCUACCGCCGGCGGUCUUUCAGGCAGCAGCAGCAUCACAUGCCUGCUGACACCACAGCAGGCUCAUGAACAGCACCGCCGACAACGGCGGUCGACCUUGCUCUACCGCGGUGGCAGCUGCAGGACACACGCCCUCCGAGCCUCGCAACCACGAAGGUCAACCUCCUCGUCGUCCUCCCGCCGGGCAUCUUCUUCCUCUCCUAGCGAGCAACAUGAGGGGCUUUUAGUCCCACAAGGCGGCGGCGGCAGCGGCGGCGGUAGCGGCGGUAGCGGCGGCAGCCGUCCUGAGCCCAAGAGCACUCUCGGUGUCGCCCACCACGUCCUCGAACAGACGGUUGUUCCCGGGCUGGCUGGGGCGGUACUGAAGGAGACUCCGUCGGACUUUGUGGUGGUGGAAAUCCCGCAGAAUGCAGGGUCGAAGUUUACCCCUGCUGAUCCAGACGAGCCGGUGCCGAAGGAAGCACGGAAACCGGUUGUGCACAAGAUCCCUCCCGUCGACACCGUCAUGGCGGCGAUCAAAGAGUGGAAGGAGCGGCAGCUCACCGGUGCCGCCUACCAGGGCCCAGAAGUCAUCCCGCGGGACGAGGCGGAACAAAUGCCAUGGAAUCUCGCCAAGGGCUUUGACGUCAUGACGGAACAAUUGGGAGGUGGGCUGUUAUUGGGAGGGGCGCUGUUGGUUCGGACAGAGUUGUUCAUCACCCUUCGGGAAGGAUAA